CCUACCAUUACAGUUACGGUACCUGAGGCAGCAGGUGUAGGUACCUUAGGUACCUACCUACGCUGCCGUCUGGUGGUAUAACAUUUAGGUACCUUAUGCGGGAUCUACACCACCGAGACUCCGAUUUGCCCACAAACCCCCCCGCCCACUGCCUAGGUACCUACCUGGAGCGCAACGUGCUGUACCUCUAAGGGAACCUGCUAACAUUUAGAGACGGGGAAAAAUCAAUUUCCUCAUCUCAUCCGGCAAUUUUUCUAGCAACUAUCCCACACUCCCAAAUCUCCCUCCGCACAGGCUCCCCCAGCAUCCGUCUCCCUCUCGCACGGCAGCCCCCGCCCGACGCCGCAGAGCAAGCCAGCCAUGGCGAAGAGCGCGCGCGCGAGCUCGCGCAAGACGAACAACCAGCGCCUCAAGGCCAAGGUCUUCGGCCCCGUCGAGUCCGCCCGCGCCGAGCGCCUCUCGGCGAGGCUGCUCGAGCUCGCCGCCCAGCCGAAGCCCCCGCCGCCGGAAGCGACCCGUGGAUUAGGUAUCGUCGACGACGGGACCAAGAUGGACGAGGAUACCCCUGCUGCUGUUGCUACGGCGGCGACGGCAGCGGCAGAAGGCGCCAAUGAUGACACAGCGAUGGAUAUCGACGGUGCUAAGCCCACGUCGACGAAGCGCGGCAGCGGCAAGAAGCGCGUCGAGAAGCGCCGGAAACGGAGCAGCAUUGUCUUCCCCAAGUUUGGCGACAAGAAUAAGACUAAGAGGCGCCACUCCAAGAAAUAGUGACGGAUCAUACACGAUCCAAAGGAAGAUCGGGGCCCGGGGCAAUACGGUGUUCGGCGUUUAGUUAUAUUUGGUGGUUCAUCUAGGUCUAAUCUUAGUCUUAAAAUGAUACCCAGCGUGGCGAUGCCACGCGCUCCUAUUGAUCCCCUGCUGUGAUCGCUGAUGUACUCGUUGCCGCAGCUGGGGUCGCCAGGGCUAAGGUGGUAGCCGGGGCCGGGUCUGAAGGCGCUGUUAAAACUGGUGUCGUUUCCGGGGCCCGCGCCUCCCCCUGUGCGGGGAUAGUCGGCGCCGGAGCCGGGGUGGCAACUGAUGCGAGCGCCGGUGCUGACGCCGGUGCUGACGUGGGGAUUGAUGUCGGCGCGGCCACUGGUACGAAGGAUGAAGUUAGAGUUGGAGGUGGAGGUAAAUCUACUAUAGUAGUAGCGGUC